AUGUUAUCAACAUUAAGGAUCGAAAAUUCACCAAACGCUGAUUACAUAAAUAAAUUGGAUAUAGAAAAACUCUCCAAAGAAGAUGACACUCAGCUUGAACCAGUGAUUACAGAGGUUUGUUCUCUCGACUCUGAUUCUCCAUCGCCAAGUAGCACCGAGAUUUCAUUAUUUCGUGAAAUACUCUUUGUUUCCCUUAUGUGCAUGUCACAAUUGCUUACACAAGCUGGAACAGCUCAACCUAUGAUUACAUCAAAUGAAAUAUCCCAGACAUUCAACGUGGAGGGAAUUCCUGGGGAAAUAUCUUGGUUUUCUUCAUUGUAUUCACUUACAGUUGGAACAUUUAUAUUAAUCUCUGGUAGAUUAGGGGAUAUGUACGGUUACAAAAAAUUGUUCAUUAUAGGAUAUGUAUGGUUUGGUAUAUUUUCUUUAAUUACAGGUUUUACAGGAUUUACUUCUUCAAGUAUUUUCUUUGACACCAUGAGAGCACUUCAAGGUAUUGGGCCUGCUAUUAUGAUGCCUAAUACUCAAGCCCUCUUGGGUGCUUACUAUCCUCCAAGUUUAAAAAAGGAUAUCUGUUUAAGUUUAUUUGGGGCUGUUGCUCCUUCAGGUUCCGUAAUUGGUGCUUUAUUGAGUGGAAUGUUUGCACAACUUGUAUGGUGGCCAUGGUCAUUCUGGCUUUUCGGAAUUGUUAGUAUUGUUGUCGCAUUACUGUCGUUCUUUAUUAUACCUACCAAUAUAGGGUGGAAAUCGGGAGGUUCAUUUGAUUUUUAUGGUGCUAUAUGUGGUGUUUCUGGUUUGGUCUUAUUCAACUUCAGCUGGAAUGAAGGUCCUGUAGUGGGUUGGGAUAAGACUUAUGUUUAUGUGUUAUUGAUUUGUGGAGUACUAUGUAUGGUAGCAUUUUACCUUGUUGAGAAAAGGGUAAAAGAUCCUUUGGUCUCUCCAGAAGUCUUAAAGGGAGAUACUGGAAGUGUGCUAGGAUGUAUUGCUGCUGGAUGGUCAUGUUUCGGGAUCUGGUUAUUUUAUACUUUCAGAUGGGCACUUAUAGUGGAUGGGGACACGCCCGUUGUAGCCGCUGUUCAGAAUGUUCCCAGUAUCUUUGUGGGCUUUAUAGCUGCUAUAUCCACAGCAUAUAUGUUGCAAAGGAUACCUUCUUCAAUAAUUUUACUUAUAUCAAUGUUUUUCUUUCUAACUGGAAUCAUACUUAUGGGUACAAGACCAGUCGGGCAAACUUAUUGGUCACAAAAGUUCUUAAGUAAUAUGAUUCAAUCUAUUGGAAUGGAUAUGUCCUUCCCGGCGGGUUGUAUCAUUUUGAGUUCAGCCCUUCCAGAAUCUCAACAGGGAAUUGCAGGUUCGUUGGUGUCAACAGUUGUUAACUAUUCUAUAUCAAUUGGACUUGGGCUAGCGGGAACUGUUGAAUAUUACGUAACCAAGAAUAUGGAGCCAAGUUUGGAAACCACCAUUCGUGGUAUGAGGGUAGCUUUCUACAUGGGUAUGGGAUUAGCCGGAUUGGGAGUGGUUGUCGCUACGGCUUUCGUUUUAUCGCAACUCAUAAGUCAAAGGAAGAAUAGAAUGAUAUCCGAAGUACGUAAAGGUAGCUAA